CCAAUUCUGAUGGAGAUAACAACCCAUGGAGCAGCAUUACAAGCACCAUUUUGCUCAAUCAACCAACAAAAGCAAGUGCCUCAGACUCUCUAUUUUUCUUUUCUUAGAUGCAUCAUGGGAAACAGAACUUAGUCAUAUGAAAGAAAUUUUGUUUCAUUUUGUAAAUAACAGAAUUGGCGCAUAAAAAAAGUACAUGGCGUGAUGAGAUUGAUGCUAAUUAAAUCAUGUCCAGCAUUGCUUGCAAGUUGCAUGUAAACAACUUAAUAACAUCGAGUUUAUGGUUUCGGUAAUGUGAUGUUUACCAACUUUUUCGAUUUUUCAUAGUUUCAUCUCACCUUAAUAUAGGCUGAGAGAUUAUUAACAAGAAAAAGAAAAAGUGUAAAACGUUUCCGAAGUUGCAUAUGCAUGAUUUCUGUUCUGAAUACAUUAUCAUGCACUUUCGGUUCAGGUUUAUCGUACCAGAUUCUUUCAACUUAAUAUAGUGGUUCGUUCCCAAUAUGUAGCACAAUUGUAUUUUAGCCAUUUGAACUCUGUUUUCUAGUUCAUUUCCAUUCCUUUCAUUUCAUGUGGUCAGAUUCAACCUGCCCUCCUGGACCAAACGUGGAUGCUGACUUUAGGGAAGCACCAAUGAUGCUCAGGCCAUACGUCAAUGGAACCAAAAGAGAUAUAGUUGUUGCUGUCCAGAAAAGUGGGUUUGCUUGGGCUCUAGAUCGGAAUAACGGCAGCCUUGUGUGGUCAACGGAGGCUGGCCCUGGUGGCGUUGCAGGAGGAGGAAUGUGGGGAGCAGCUACCGACAAGAAGAAGGUGUACACCAACAUUGCUAACUCUGAUAACAAAAACUUUACCCUAAAACCAUCUACCAACAUAACAACUUGGGGUGGAUGGGUUGCGAUGGCUCCUGGCAAUGGAAAAAUCAUAUGGUCAACGGCCAAUCCCAGCAAUGCAACUUCUUCUGGCCCAGUUAGUGUGGCUAAUGGUGUCUUAUUUGCUGGAUCCACAAAUCCACAAGGCUCCAUAUACGCGAUGAACACCAAAACUGGAAAAAUUCUGUGGUCGAAUGAGACCGGAGCAACCGUAAGCAAUGGCUGCAUUUACGUUGGCAAUGGAUAUAAACGCACGUAUAUUGCCGGAACCUCGCUCUUUGACUUCUGUGUCACAUAAAUGAACCUUUGAUUGAACAAGGUUAUUUUUCUUUUCAACAUUGGAAGGAAGACGUGUGAAAUUAUUUAUGAAUCUACAAGUUGUUAGAAGGUGCAAAUCAUAUUUGCAUUAUGUAUCUACAAGCCAUUUAUCAUGUACAAAUCAACUUUAAUUUGACGAUCAUUUCUCUGUUUCCUGUACUAAAUAUGAAUUGUUCUAAUAUGAGAAUCGAAUUGAGUGGUCACCACCACCCAUGAUGUUCCAAA